UGUACUCAUUGGUGUUCUUCAUUGAUUUAUAGAGGUCAAUAAAGUGACCAACUUUUGUUGCUUUUUCUCAUUCAAUCAAAAACCCAUCUGCACUUUUCUCUCUUCAUCUGCUUCUCUGCAAUUUUCUGAGUCUUUCUCCUGUAGACGGACAUGGACGCUGUUAUUUCACCUCUCAGAGCUGUGUGUGGAAGUGGUGGUGCUCAAUACUCCGGGACUAGAAUCGAUCAUGGGCUUUCUGGGUUUUGUUCAUUUUCUCAGGAAAACAAAUCAAAAUCCAAACUUUCACCGGUUAUGAGCCUAGAUUUGAAGGAACAUCCCAUGACUUCAAACCAAACACUCGCUGCCUUGUCUUCUUCUUCCUAUGCAAAGACAUCAUCAAUAGGUAUGAGUAGAGGAAUGAGAUGGUGGGAAAAGUCAACGAAAGUCAACAUGUUAGAGAUACACUCUGCUAAUCAUCUUGUUGACUCUUUGUUGAACGCUGGUGAUAGAUUAGUUGUUCUUGAUUUCUACUCACCCGGUUGUGGUGGCUGCAAAUCUCUCCACCCAAAGAUCUGUCAAUUGGCUGAAUCAAACCCAAACGUGAUGUUUCUCAAAGUGAAUCAAGAAGAGCUUAGAACAAUGUGCCAUGGCCUUAACGUUCAUGUGCUUCCGUUCUUCAAGUUCUAUAGAGGAGCAGAGGGUAAACUUUGUAGUUUCAGCUGCACCAUCGCCACCAUCAAUAAGUUCAAGAAAGCGUUGGACAAGCACGGCAGCGAGAGGUGCAGCCUCGGGCCAGCAAAAGGUUUAGACAGUAAGGAGCUCAUGGCUUUAGCGUCCGUAGGGGAACUUAAAAUGGAUCUGGAUUUUUUAACAGUGCAUCAAGAUGUGUUGCCGUUAUCAUCAGCUAGCAGCUUCUGUUAUGAAACAGAGGAACAGCAUCAGAAGAUGAUGGUAUAAAGAGAUGGUCUUUUCCAUGGGGAUUCUUAUUUAUUUUGUAGAUAUGAUUAUUGAUUAGUAUCAUUGUGUUUUGCUUAGCUUCUAGAGUUGGUUAUUAUAAUUUCACAAUACUAGUAUCCUAGUAGCAAUUCCUUUUAACUUUAAAACAUUGAAUCUCA